CGUCCUCGAUCGUGAAUCGACUGAUGUCGACUCGAGUCGACUCCGCGAGCCACUACUGUGGCAUACGUCAAAGUUUAGCUCUCCGUCUUUCUGCUUUUGUGUAAAAAGUGACGUUUUUGGGCAGAACGCUGUUAACACAUGAGCUUCCCAUGCCAAUGCCCUGAUUAUAUCAGAGCCUAAUUUCGAUUUGUUGAUCACGAUCCAAGAGAGGGCCGCUGAGGAGUGGAUGCGGUGAAUUGAAGUAACGGCUCUAUCAUGUUCUGGACAAAUAAUUAUGUAUCGUCACCUCAGAUCGAGGCUCUCCUUAAUAAAAAGGAUGUCACCUUGCAAGAACUAAUGGAUGAAGAAGACAUUUUACAAGAAUGUAAGAGUCAGAAUAAAAAACUUGUGGAAUAUUUAACAAGGCCAGAUGUAAUGGAGGAACUGGUGAUGUUGACGUUGAAAGAGCCUCCAAAUGAUGUUAACGAACGUUUGCGAUAUAAGUAUCCAAAUGUUGCGUGUGAACUUCUUACAUGUGAUGUACCAACCCUCAACGAAAAAUUAGCAGGUGAUGAGUAUCUAUUAUCAAAACUGUAUUCUUUCAUCGAUACGGACCAACCUCUGAACCCCUUGCUUGCGUCAUUUUUUAGCAAAAUAAUGGGUUUGCUCAUAGCACGAAAAAGUGAUCAGAACUGGUACUCCUAUCAGUUCACUUGUCUACAGGUAUUAGAGUUUCUGAAAAGCAGGCAAAGAUGCGUCGAUCGACUUCUACAGCAUCUGGAAACCUUGGCGAUAAUGGAUUUGAUCUUAAAAUUAGUUACGCAAGUUGAAGGCAGUGAAAUGCGACAAAAUACUCUAAACUGGUUAAAUAGCCAGGAAUUAGUACAACGAUUGGUGAAACUAUUGUCACCCUCUUCUGACUCUGCAAAACAUACCAACGCAGCACAGCUACUUUGCGACAUGAUCAAAGCAACGAGAGAACAUCGCCUAUCGAUCGAACGAACUGGUCCCGACCCUAUUCUUACCACUUUGGAGUCAGGAGAGACGGUGGCCCUUGUGUUGGAGACAAUCUUAACGGGAGACAAGCUAGAAAGUAGCAUCAUCGGUGGGAUCCAGUUGCUUCUCGCCUUGUUGGGCCAAAAGGCAAACAAUACUUUGAAUGAGGGCGAGAUGUACGGAAAUGGUGCUGGCGAAGACGUGAUCGAUAACGAGCAACGGAUUAAAAUUUCAAUUGCAACGAUACCUUAUCUGGAACGUCUCCAUCAACUCCUUCUGGACCCACCACAUAAACCGCCGGUUAAAACAACGGCUGGGCUUCUGCAGUGUCCUUUUGGUAAUACUCGUUUACACGUAGCAAAAUUACUGGUAGCACUUUUAUCUACGGAAAAUACAACAAUACGAGAGAAUCUGGCUGAUUUAAGCACGUACCAAACAUUGUUGGACCUAUUCUUCAAGUAUUCAUGGAACAAUUUCUUGCACACGCAAGUAGAACAGUGUUUAGCCUUAGCUAUUAAAUGUGAUCGUGAAGAUACUAAUGAUAUUAUUUAUGCUCACAUAUUUAUAAAAUGUAGGCUGAUUGAUCAGAUUUUGGAUGCAUGGGAUAGAAAUGAAGAUAAGCAAAUUAAAGGGAAGAGCAUAAGGCAAGGAUACAUGGGCCACAUAAUCAAUAUAGCUAAUAACAUUGUAUCUCAAUGUGAGAAGAACAACGUCCUCGACACUUUCUUGAAAGUAAAUCUGCCUACAGAGAGUCGCAAUAAGUGGGAGACACUUGUGACUACACAAUUAGUAGAAGUAAACAAAGCGCAAAAUGCACCUUUGGGCUCACAGACUCAAGCUUAUAUAACGAACUCAGAAGAAAAUCCUGACGAGUACAAUUCAUUUUCCCAUGACGCUUACAUACAACAGAUGUACUCUCACUAUCAGGGCCAACAAAUGACUCCUCAGUAUCUAAAGAACUAUGGGUACCGUGACGACGAGUUUAACGACAGUAACGAUACGUUCCCUACUCCAGAUGGUCAGAUAACCAAUGUAAAUUUCACCCUGAACGAGGAAGAUCUCGAUGAAAAUGAGGAUGAGUUUAACAAGGUUUGCCAGCAAAAGCAAAAGGCUGAUCUGGAAGAAGGUGGGGGAGGGCUCGAGUGGGGAGACGACGUCACUUUCCAAACUGUGAUAGACAAAUGGCCUUCAAAACGGGUACCCUAUGAAUCCAGUUCCUCCGAAGAUGAAGAUGAUCCCCACGACGUACACAUGGAGUUCGAUUCCACUGACCCCUGGGAUUCUACCGAGCCGGUAACUAACAAUGCUAUAUUACCAGAAGUGAACCCUUGGGACGUGGUUUCCUCGCAAUCGGUAGAGCCUACUGGAUGGGCAAAUUUCGACGGUUUCGAAAAUUCAUCAGGCCCACCUAAACCCGAGAACGAGUCUUGCAAAGAAACCAAACAGGAGGCGCCAGUUGCUUCCUCGUCGAUAGUUGAAAACGUUAAGCCGAGCAGUGAAAAGGAAAAAGAGGCCGAGGAUGAAGUAAAGGUGCCAGAAGUUAAGGAGUCAUUGCCACAGUCUUCCUUGACGAAUCUCAAUAGUGAAAGAAAUGUUACUGUUGAUUCUGUAAAUACUUCCGACAGUAACGCCAAUCCUAGUGACGUAGAGGAUAAUAGGUCUGGCACGAAGGAGGGCAACGAAAGGUGCUCGCAGGAUUUAGCAAAUGUUCCAACAAAGUCUGAAAACCCAUCCGACAUUGCAAAAGAAGGUUCGGAGAACCCUUCGACCGCGGAACCCGUAGUCGCGUCCAAGGCAUCCGACUAAAACUCUUCCCGGAGGUCCGAACCAGCAAUAGUGAUAAACCAUAUCAGAUCGACCUUACACCAUACCUGAGAGGAUACCUUUAUAUUUCUAUUUCUCCUUAGAAUUGGGUUUAUGCUUUCAACGACGCCGCACCCGGGGCACUACGAUCAAUAUGGCAGGGUAUCGUUAACUUACGGUACAUGACCGAGAGGACUAUUCACAAUGCUCAAUUAUAGUUAGCGAAUUGUGUUUUAAGGAGUCUAUUUAAGUGCGCUCGCCUGUUGUUAGCGGUCCAAUUACGAUUCGGUCUUCGCUAUUUGUACAUACAACGCACGGAGCUGGAAGCUUUGUAAUUAAAGUCCAAAGGACUGUCACUGUCUGGUAUUCGAUUGGUCGAUAAUAUCUGGAUAUACGGCGCGAUUAGUGCCAUUUUUAUCCGUUACUAUCGUACGGAAAGUGUGUGGAAUGAUAUUGGGCAGUAUAAGACGCUUAUUAUAUUGGAAAAAGAAAAUAAGAAAUUUAUCUAUUCAUUUCGCAUUAUCAGCUGUUAAUAAAACUGUAGUUUAUCCUGGAGAGGAAUACUGGCGAAGUCCAAAGUGGAGUGUAAGCUUCGUUGUGUUUGAUGUUCCGUUUAUUUUUCUUAUCGUUACGGGCGGUUUGCUUUUAGAGAAGAGUUUACCUACGAAUGUAAAAAGUGACUCACGCCGAUUAAGGGUGACAGAAGAAAGCAUUUUCUAGUUCAUUUUCCUUUUUGCUCAUUUAAUAACUCGGUCGAACUCUUACAACGUUGUGAUAUAUUUCGAGUGGAAGCACUGUACCGAAUACUAGAGAGUGCAGGAUUUUCAUUGAAAUGUUACAGUUAUAUUCCAAUUAGGACUUGAAAGAGAAGAUUCAAUUGAAACAUUACAUUUCCGAGAAAUGCCACUUUAUUUUAACUCGAUAAAUGGUUUAGCUUGCAGGUCGGUUAUUUUGUAAAUAUUUGAAGACUAAGUCGCGAGGGUGUUUAAAAUGAUAUAGGAUGUCUCUUGGAAGGAGACUUUCGAAAGACACUCCGACAAAGGAGGUAACUUCAAAUUAUUUUCUAAUAGUAUUUUUUACACAUCUACUGCAGAUUUCGUAAAUUUGCAACUCCUUCACUCCGUGCGUUAGACACUGGAAACUGAGUAUAAUAUAAUUUAACUGCAAUUGUAACUGAGUAAUUAAGAAUUGUUGAUAUCAGGGGUGGAUACAUCCCCGUGCACUAUGCUCGACAUCUUCCAUGAUUAGAUUACCAAUAAUUUUGAAAGUCAAAUAUUCCAUUGCAAGGACACGCAAUUAAAGGAGAAGCGCAUUUUUCUAAUAAACCAAAAACAAUGGUGCUGUUGCAGUUUAAUUACUCAAUUACAAUUCUACCUUCCCCUGAAGGCUGGAAGGACCAAUAUUCUCCUGUAUACAGUGAAAGAUGUAAUCGUUUUAGACAUUGAAAGAAUACCUCGCUCUUCCGGAAGUCGAAUUCACUCGGAAACACACUUAUCCUGAAGAGUAACCGUUUGAGGAAAUUAAGAAGAAAAAACAAAAAGAAAGAAGAAAAGAAUGACGUCGAUGAAAUUGUAUUGAUUUAAAAAACACGUAAACUCUAAAGUUCCCUGGUGAAAAGAAGUGAUAAAAAAAAGAAAAACUUCCAUUAAAAGGAAUGCAUUUCUCCUAGUGCCGUUGAUGCAUUGUUAGCGACGUCUUUCUCUUUUUUUCUUUCUUUCUUUCUUUCUUUUCCUUCAAUCGGCGCAAAUUUUGCGAAUAUCUCCCCAACGCCAUCUGGUGUAUCCGCCGUGGAAGUUGGUGGUCACUCCCAGUUGCAAUUUCCAAUAUUUUCCGAAAAACUCUGGAGCGUUCUCGCUAAUGUUAAUUCACAUUUAGGCAUUUAUAUAAAGAAAUGCGAGGCUUUGUCCUCGGCACGAAAAAAAAAAGAAGAAAAGAAAAGAAACGCCCCUCGUUGCCUGGCGCUAAAUCCGCGCCAAACAAGUUAGAGUACAAUAAGAUAUAUUCGUGCCGCGAUUAUACGAAUGCUAAUGUCUCUCGAUAUCGCAAGUUAGACUGCACUGUAAUUAAAUAUCAUGUAAAGUUACACAACUAAUCAUUGUAUAAAAGGAUCAUAUUGAAAGUAUCGAUUACUUUUAAGUAAAGGGAAUGAUAACUACAAUUAUAGUAAUACUAAAUAAUACCACGCACGAUAAAAAUUACACCGGGUACACUUGUAGGUAGGUGUAGUGCUGUUUUAAGUGGCUUCUCCUUUACUUCGAAUUAUAUAUAUAUAUAUAUUUUUUUUUAAUUGAAAAGUUUCUACGCCUUGGAACGGGUCGUUGUACCGCCCAAUUUGUUGCAGUAUAAAUGCGUCGUACAAUUCGUUUACUUGAAUCGUACCGAGAGUUUACCCUGAACCUAUGACAGAAUGUUAUUAAAUUAUAUAUCCAUAUGAUAAUAUAUACACGGGCAGGUUGAUUUUCCGUAUUUUUUGUUUCUUUUUUGUUUUCUUUCUUUGUUUUCCCCCGAUCGUUCCCACCGACUAACCGAUUAGCCGGCAUUGCAUGUACAAUAUUCUGUACUUAAAAUUCGUUGCAUUUAACCGCAUUGUAUUAGUCUUCGCCGUAAACAGAGUUGUGUAAUUUUACGUGAGAUUUUUUUUCAUACAGUGUGCUUGGAUUGUUUAAAUCCCUCGGGCUGUGCCUCGAGGAAUGCGCGGAACAAGUAUUACGCAGCAUUGUAUACCAUAAUGUUUUUGUAGGUACCAUGGAUGUGAGGCUAUUUAGAGAAAUCUAAGGAAAGACGCGAAACAGAUAAACAGAAAGAAAAAAAACAUCACCAUAGUCCGAUAUAUAUAUAUGUAUAUUAAUUCACGACGAACUACAGUGCUUUUUGAUACAUCGUAAGCGAGCGGCGAGGAGAAAUUGGGUGCAGUGCCUAAAGCGACUCGGAUCGAGUGGGAGAGAGUUAGAGAAAUUGCGGGAGAUAAGAGAGGAAGAGAAACAAACAAGAAAACGAAAAAAAUAGAAAAAAAAAGAAAGAUAGAAAGAAACAGAAAUAUGUAUUCCUACGCGCCACGUGAUGUAACGCGAGAUGAUAUAAUUAUAUUUUUAUUAUGUUCAGACACUCGGCGGGUUCUUUCGCGGACCGUGGUAGGAAACGUCACCGAAACUGACAGUUCUUGACCACGUGGUCGACGCCCACGUGGGUUUGACAGCUGUCGCGUGGACGAAAAGUGGACGAUUGUCGGUCGACGAACUUCUACCUCGACAUUUAAUCGAGUGCGAAUCCAUUCUAUCUAAACUUUUCUAUCCUAUUUCGGGUCUAGCUUCGAUUUCUUUCACUUUUCGCUCCCGAUGAUCGACCACGUGGCGUGCCAUGCGAAUCAAUUCAGUUUCCCACCGUAACGCAAAAGUAUUUCGUAUAUACAUUUCAGACGUGUCUAUGCCGAAGGUCUGUACACACGAUGAGUCCGUUGCCUUUCUGGGAUGUUACAAGAGCAUACCGAUUAAAAUUGUAUCGAGAUAUCGUCGGGAUUUUAGCUAUCGUGACGAGUGUCGGGAAGGAAGGAAAAGCGAAGAAAAGAAAUAUGUAUGGGAAAUUAUUACCGAUUUGGGAGAAGCGAUGUUUGAUAUUCCGUGCGCGUCGUCCCUAGGGUCCGAGUAUGUGCGUUUUAUCGAGCCUCGAUUGGGCAUUUUGUUAACUGCGGAGGAGUUAUUAAUCGAGGGCCGAUUAAUUGAUAGCCGAACUUCGGUCCUUCGGGACUUCCUCUCGGCGGGGGAUGUGCACUUUGUUAAUUACGGAAACGCGAGGAGGAAGAGGGGAAAAAAAAAGACAUAAUCAAGAUUGUUCAGAGUUUCUUUCCCACGCAGACAUUUUAUCAGGGUGAAAGGUGCACUUCGUUAAUUGUAUAACAAAUAGAGAGAGAGAGAGAGAGAGCCGCGUGCCGCUCCGCAAUUCAUUUCCGCGUAGAUAUUUUACCAAUGUGAGAUGUGCGCUUCGCCAGUUGUACAAAAAGGAAAGAAAAGAGAAAAAGGGUGAAAGGAUUGAUCGACCAUAAUGAAUUCCUUGGUGCACGUCUCUGCCAGCCUCUGCUCCCCUCUAUGGUUUAUUGAUAAGGCGAGGCGUGCACCUCGUUAAUUGUACAAAAUGCGGGAAAGCCAUAAUUGAUAUACUUGGUGCACAUCUCGAAAAGUUCUUUCCUCCCCCCCCCCCCCUUCUAGAUUUUAUCCGAAAGUUAGGUAAUACACGCACUUCGGUAGUUGUUAAUGGAUUGAUAACGGCAGGGAAAUGUCGAGGAUGAGGUAUUUGUAUAUGUAUACACGGGGUGAACGGACAAAAUGAGCGGAGAGCUGACAAGAGCUCCGAGGACCCUCCAACGAACCGAAGAAUGAAUUUCAUUUCGAGACGGUGCAAGUGCCAAGUAACUUAAUGGUUAAGGCUUUUCUAAAUGCGAUUAUGUAAAUUGCGUUCGGCGUUUUAACGGUGAUUUUCUUCUGCCUUAAUAGAGACGUGCACGAGCGACAUUGUGUUCACGGAGUUGUGCGCGACAGCGUUGUACAUAAUUCGUAAAUAAAUAGAAAGUACUGUCUUA